UCGGCUUACAAAGAGUGCGGCCAGCAACAUCUUUUUUUCUAAGCAUUGGCAAUCCGAGCGGAUUCUACCCUUCCCGCGCCUGCACGCCAUUCCGCGCACUCUCGAGCUCAGGCUUCAUAAGAGGGAGGAGGAGCAUACUGGACUGAGUCGAGCACAGCUGGAGGACGAGCUAGAGGCGCCACCAUGCCCGCUGAAAUCCACGAGAUACCCGCCGUCGUCAACGGCAGCGCGACGAACGGCAUCAACGGACACACGAACGGCCUCGUAGACCACACACCCGCACACCCAGCCUUCGACUCAAUACCAGACGUCCUGCAAGCCUUCGCAAACGACGACUUCGUCAUCGUGCUCGACUCGCCCUCGCGCGAAAACGAAGGCGACCUGAUAAUCGCCGCCUCAGCCCUAACCCCCGCCAAAGCCUCCUUCAUGAUCCGCCACUCGUCGGGCUACAUGUGCGCGCCACUCCCCGCCUCGCGCGCCGCGCUGCUACACCUGCCGCAGAUGGUGGCCGAGAACGCAGACCCGAACCAGACCGCGUACGCCGUCUCCAUCGACGCCGUGCACCCGUCCGUCAGCACCGGCAUCAGCGCGCACGACCGCAGCCUGACGUGCCGCAUGCUGGCGGACCCCGGCGCGAAGGCGAGUCAUUUUCGCAGGCCGGGGCAUAUACUGCCGCUGCAGGCGCGGGAGGGCGGCGUGCGCGUAAGGAGAGGGCAUACUGAGGCCGCGGUGGAUCUGUGCAGGUUGGCGGGGAAGCCGCCGGUGGGGGUUAUUUGCGAACUUAUUACGGAUGGGGAGGAGGUGCCGGGGAAGGCGGAGAGGAUUGGCGGCGGCAUGAUGAGGAGGGAUGAGUGCCUUGCGUUCGGGAAGAAGUGGGGGAUUCGGGUGUGCACGAUUGAGGACUUGGUGACGUAUAUUGAGGAGAAUGAGGGAGCGCUUGGGGUUGAGGGGAAGGAUUAUUGAAGUAUGCAUGGUAAGAAUUGCAUCUUGCGUGAGAAAAGAAGGAUUAAACCCCUUCCUUCAGUAUAUAAUCCAGUCAGAUCGAGCAUGGGGAGAUGUUUUGGCAUGCAUCGGCGCGGUAUAAA